AAAAAUUUGGAAUAAGUAUAAGUUAGAUGAUGAUUUGGGGAAUGAUGGACCUGGUAUCUUACCAUUAUGCAAUAUAUUUCAUCUUUCUAUCGAUAACUUUGCAGCGAAAAAAAUAGAUAUUUGUACAAAACUUUUAAGAAAUUUGAAGGUGGAACGUAAUAGAGAUAUAACAAAUGACGGCGUUUCUGAAUACUGUUACUAUAUAUACUAUUGGUUAUAUUAUAAUAUGAAGGUACAUAAUAUUCCUGUCGUUAUUAUUGACAAUAUAUUAGAUGAAUCAUUUAAAAUAAUAAAACGAAAAAAUAAUGCUUUCCUUGACUGUUCUUCAUACAUGUUAAAGGAUGGCUUACGUGAACCAGAAGACUUAGUAAUGUUAAGAAUAUUUACUAAUGAGAUUGAUGUUACUAAAGAAAUAUUAAACAAAAAAUGUAAAUCUAAAAUAUGCUCUUGUAAUGAAUUUAUCAAACCAUUUGUAGAUUCAUAUAGAAAUAUAAAUAAUUAUUGUCCAAAUGGUACCAUUACGGGGGUCAAUAUGAUUACCUGUCUUGCAGUAAAAUCGUUUAAAGAUCUUUAUGAGCGAAAACGUUCCAGUGAAUGGAAAGAAUAUAAAUUACCCGAUUUAUCUUCUAGUACUGAUGAAAAUAUAAAUAUUGAAGGAUGCGUGUCGCAGAUAAAUGGAAAAGAAUUAAGUUUAGAUCAAGGUGACCAAUUGGAUAGUUAUACAGGAUCCACAACACUAACAGAACGAGUAGGAAAAAUAGUGCCUACAACUCUUGGAACAAUAGCUGGAGUAUCAUCCGUUUUGGCACUUUUAUAUAAGGUUAUCACAAAUUUUUAUUUAAGCAUAUUAAAAAUAUUGCUUAACGAUGAUUGUGUGAUGUUCUCAUAUUAUAUGACAAUAAUAUUAUUUAUUUUAAUAUAUAAUCCUUCCUCCUUUAAAUUAGUUUACUCCUUUAGGUUCAUGGAUAAAUAUAAAAAUACUAGGGAAGAAUAA